AUGGAUACGGAAAAUACAUAUGAAUUAAUAAGUAAUGAGAACUUGUGGAUAUAUGGAACUGGGGCCUUUGUGUUGCUUUGGAUCCUGGUGUGGCUUUACAGAGACAGUCUGGAGAUUGAACAUGUCAACCAGAAAUAUGUCUUUGUGACCGGCUGUGACUCUGGCUUUGGUAACCUGCUGUGCAGACAGCUAGAUCGGCGAGGUUUCCGUGUACUGGCUGGUUGUCUCACUGAGAAGGGAGCAGAUGACUUGAAGAGAGCUACUGGGCCUUACCUAAAAACCGUCCUGCUGGAUGUGACAAACACUGAAAGCAUUCAGAAAGCUGUGGAGUGGACCAAGAAAGAAGUUGGUGAAAAGGGUCUCUGGGGGCUGGUGAAUAAUGCUGGUCGUUCCCUACCCAUGGGACCUUCAGAGUGGAUGAAAAUCGAAGAUUUCAACAGCACACUGAAGGUCAACAUGUUUGGAGUGAUUGAAAUGACCAUGAACUUUCUGCCACUCAUUAAACAGGCCCGUGGUCGUGUGGUCAACGUGGCUUCUGUGCUGGGCAGGGUGGCAGCCAAUGGUGGUGGAUAUUGUAUCUCCAAGUUUGCAGUGGAGUCUUUCUCUGACUGCCUUAGGAGAGACAUCCAUUAUUUUGGGAUUAAAGUGUGCAUAAUUGAACCAGGAUUCUUUAAGACACAGGUGACUAGUCUUGAGCCAAUUGAGAGAGAGCUACAUCGCCUGUGGAACCAGCUUACUCCUGAGGUCAAGGCCAGCUAUGGAGAGAAAUACCUCGAUAAGUAUAUCAAGAUUCAGAGGUUGAUCAUGAAUGCUGUCUGUGACUCAGACCUCAACAAAGUGACCAACUGCAUGGAACAUGCCUUGGUAGCUGCCUACCCACGGACCCGAUACAGUGCCGGCUGGGAUGCCAAGUUCGCUUGGAUCCCCCUCUCUUACAUGCCUGCUUGUGUGGUUGACAUUGCUCUAAAAGUGAUCAUGCCCAGGCCAGCCAAAAGUGUGUAG